GAUUACUCAGAAUAGCCGAAUUUGUUCAAAUCUUCACAGGGAAAUGGAAAUUUUACCUAUACAGAGCCCGGAGAAGUCGUUGAAGUUGAAGACUCAGCCACAACGAAGUUGUAGGAAUUGAGUCCCAUAAAUUUCAGGUCAUAAAUCAGAAUUAAAUGCACAAUGAAAAAGGCCAAUUGUGAUAAUUCUAAUGUUUCACUAGACCUGAUCUGGACGAUUUUAACUCUGUGCUUUUGUUGAUUUCUACUUGAGCUUUUCCGUCAGGUCAAUACAACAAGACAACAGCUAUCUUAGAAAAUAUCGACAAUUUAGGAACAGUUUUACGUUUUCAGCCGUUUGUGAAUGAUAACCCCGACAGGCUUGGGGACGAGCAGAAGAAAACAAAGACUCCGUCUGUUUCACAAUCACCUCGGUUUCAACUGCUUCAUACAAAAUCAUUAUUUCUUACUAACUUGCAAUAAAUAAAUAAACAGAGAGAAAAGAUACAAAAGCUAGGGACAACACUUGUUCCUGCAAUAUAACAUCAUCUCUAGAUCGUUUUUCUGCAAAUCCAAACAUGGUUUCGAUUUCAAACAUGUUGCCUGAUCAUGGGAACCUGCCAUCUGCUAAAACAAUUGUUUCCACAGCAGCUUCUCUAGCUGCCUCGGCUAUGGUGAUCCGAUCGAUAGCCCGAGACCUAAUACCCUAUGAAUUCCAACAAUAUGUGUAUUUAUCAAUCCAUAGUUUCUUCAAGUCAUUUUCAUCAGAGAUUACUUUGAUCAUUGAAGAAUCGAGUGGCCUGUCAACUAAUCAGAUCUACAAAGCGGCUGAAAUCUACCUGGGCACGAAGAUUUCUCCCAAUACAAACAAGUUCAUGGUGACCAUGCCCAAAAUGGAGAGCAAGAUCUCAACUUCAAUGGCUAAAAAUCAAGAAAUCAUAGAUGAAUUCAAGGGGGUGAGCUUCAAAUGGAGGCAGAUUACUAGACAGGUUGAGUCCUCACGUCCGACUUCACACCCCGGCCAAUACGUCCACCAGCAGGAAGUUAGAUAUUUCCAGGUUCGUUUUCACAAGAAACAUAAGCAAAUGGUGUUUGACUCCUACUUCCCUUACGUUCUAAGGGAGUCCAAAACCAUGAAAGAAGAGAAAAAGACCCUGAAAAUCUACACUCUCAAUAGCGAGCAGUUCCGUAGAUAUUCAGGGGAUUAUUCUUGGAACUCCAUCAAGCUUGAUCAUCCAGCAACCUUCGAUACGUUGGCCAUGGACGAUAAGCUCAAGAAAAUGAUCAUGGACGAUCUUGACAUGUUUGUCAGGCGAAGGGAUUUUUAUAGAAAAGUGGGAAAGGCGUGGAAACGAGGGUACUUGUUGUACGGUCCACCUGGGACGGGGAAGUCGAGCCUGAUAGCAGCUAUGGCGAAUUACCUUAACUUCGAUGUGUAUGACUUGGAGUUAACUGAUAUCCACACCAAUUCUGACCUGAGGAAACUGUUGAUUAACACAGCAAAUAGGUCUAUCCUAGUAGUUGAGGACAUCGACUGCAGUAUUGAAAUAGAUGAUAGGAAGGCUGAGGAACGAGCACUCAAAAUGCUGAAAUCGAGUCAAAGCCAAAUCCAGACUGUCAAUAUAGUUCGGAAAGACAAAGCUAACCAGGUAACUCUAUCAGGGCUGCUGAAUUUCAUCGAUGGUCUAUGGUCUAGUUGUGGAGACGAAAGGAUUAUUGUCUUCACGACUAAUCACAAGGACCGAUUGGACCCUGCGUUGCUUCGCCCUGGACGAAUGGAUGUGCACAUUUUCAUGUCUUACUGUACGCCUACUGCAUUCAAGACUCUAGCAGCUAAUUACCAUGGAAUUACGGAUCACAUGCUUUUCCCGGAAAUAGGCAGUUUGCUAGAGGAAACAACCGUGACCCCAGCUGAAGUUGGUGAGCAAUUGCUGAGGAGUGAGAAUGUUGAGGUUGCACUCGGGGGCCUGAUUCAGUUUCUCUUGGAGAAAAAGAAGGAAAGUGAUGAACAAAAGGCAAAAGACAUGUUAGAUGAAGGAGAAGAAAAUGAUGAAGAAUGAUAACAGUUAACUAACAAUUGAGGGAUUCAGAAUUUUACUAGUUUCCAAUGUAUGUUUUCUUGUAUUGUACUGUACUGUGCUGCACAAUAACUUGUAGCGUUUGGCUGAUGAUACCUUGAAAUUUAUCCAUGUUUGCACUAAUUUGCGAAAGAUUCUUCGACACAUCAAUUGAUUCAUCUGCCUUAUGAAGUGGAAAAGCUCGAGCAUCAGAUGCUCUGAUUCAGGUGGUGAGGACCAAUCCAAUGGCCAUGAGUACAGCAGGUGCAGUGCACCCGGAAGUACCAAGAAACGGGUUAUUUGCAUAGACCUCGCCUGAGGUUCUAAGAUUUGGUGUUUCGCAAGAAUCUCCCUUGAUGUUAGUUGACCGAUAGUCAACAGUUAAAUAUAACCCACCAAGAAA